UUCCUCUUCUGCUACGGAUGGAGCUGGAGCAACCCAUAUUGAGGACAACCUCCAUCAACGGCAUCAGGGAAACAAACACCAACAGCAAAAGCUCAUCCAUCCCAGCUGCAGCUGCUCGUCAAGCACCUGAUGACCCAAGACGCUGCUCCAAGUCGUUCGAGACAUUAUAUGCAGGCAUUCCGAUGAGCAACACAGAGAGCAAACUAUCCUGGCUACGCUCUCAGCUCAUCAGCGACGACCAGACAUUCAUCUCCCCUUAUGGAGAGCGUCGAGUCACCUAUGCAGAUCACACUGCCACGGGCCAGAGCCUCUGCUACAUUGAAAGUUUCAUUCUCAAUAAUGUUCUUCCAUUCUACGGGAACACCCACACAACCGACAGCCAAGUGGGUCAACGAACAACGAAGAUGGUGCAUGAAGCAACCGAGUACAUCAAGACUUGCCUAGGGGGAGGAGAAGAAGAUGCGAUCCUGUUCUGCGGCUCAGGAACCACGGCCGCAAUAAAGCGGCUCCAGGAGGUCAUGGGCAUUGCAGUGCCAUCAACUUUGAGGGAUAGGCUACUGAAGAGCCUCGAAAGUGAGGAGAGGUGGGUGGUUUUCGUUGGGCCUUAUGAGCACCACUCAAACCUCCUCUCGUGGCGGCAGAGCCUCGCAGAGGUGGUGGAGAUUGGUUUAGAUGAGAAUGGAUUGUUAGACAUGGAAGCUCUAAGACUCCAGCUAAAAUACCAUCAACCUGCCAAUCGGCCGAUGCUCGGUUCUUUCUCCGCUUGUAGUAAUGUCACUGGAAUUUUGUCCGACACAAGAGCUCUCGCCCACCUUCUUCACCAAUUUGGAGCAUUUGCGUGUUUCGAUUUUGCAGCAUGCGGUCCUUACGUGGAGAUCAACAUGAGAUCAGGGGAGACUGACGGCUACGAUGCUAUUUUUCUUAGUCCCCAUAAGUUUCUCGGAGGCCCUGGCUCCCCCGGUGUCCUGCUAAUGAGCAAGCGUCUCUAUCAGCUGGGAUCUUCUCCCCCAUCUACUUGUGGAGGUGGAACUGUUAAUUUUGUCAACAGCUUUAGGGAACAGGAUACACUCUACUUAGAUGAUGUAGAAGAAAGGGAAAAUGCAGGAACACCGCCAAUUAUCCAGACCGUCAGAGCAGCAUUGGCAUUCUGGGUAAAAGAAUACAUUGGUUAUGAAGCUAUCGAAACAAGAGAGCAGCACUACAUAGAAAAAGCACUUCAGAAGCUCUUGCCAAACCCGAACAUACUGGUUUUAGGAAAUACGAGCACGAAGCGACAAGCCAUUCUAUCGUUCCUCGUUUACUCCACUACCUGUUCAUCCUCGGGUGAUAUAAAAACAUGUAAUCCUGAUGGUGGAGAUGGAGAAAGCAGAGAGAAGAAGACACAUCGCAUGUGGGCAGAGACAGGGAGCAAGAGGGGUAAGCCCCUGGCGGGGCCUUUCGUUGCAAAGCUGCUCAAUGACCUGUUUGGCAUCCAGGCUCGAGGCGGGUGCGCUUGUGCUGCGCCCUAUGGUCACAGUUUGCUCGACAUUGAUGAGGCUCGCUCCCUCGCUUUCCGAAGUGCCAUUCAGAAGGGUUUUGAGGGAGUAAAGCCUGGAUGGACGAGAAUCAGCUUCCCCUACUACAUGUCUGAAGAGGAGUCAGAGUUCAUUCUAGCAGCCCUGGAGUUCGUAUCCAUCCAUGGCCAGAGGUUCCUUCCCUUGUAUCACAUCAACUGGAAAACUGGAAAUUGGACAAUCAGGAAAAAGGCUUUGAAGGAAACCCUAGUAGUUACCGGGAACACCCGCAAUUUCAGCAGCUUGCCCUUGGCCAGCACCCUGCAGGCACUAAAAUUAGACCUUGAGCCAAAAGAAAUUGAUUCUAAAGAGGUUCGGACAGCUUAUAAUUUCGCAACAUAUUUGGAAAUGGCGACAUACAUCGCGAGCCUUCUCCCAAGAUACCCCCGCCAGCGUAGGAUUCCAGAUGGCAUAGUGAUAGAGCCAAACCUCCUGCACUUUCGAGUCUAG